UCAGGGCUGCUUCGCACAGUUGACUUUGACUCUUGGGACGGUCGGGUUUGUGGUUGGGUUUCAGAAGCAACCUGUGACAUAUUGCACACGCUUUGGACAGGAUGUAGCUCGGUAGCUACAGUGCAUCAAAAAAGAAAAAAGAAAAAAAAGAGCCUCGUCGCGGUGCAGCCAGAAACUUCAAAAUGACAGUUAGAGUAGCAAGUUGGGGUCUGGAGGAAGGUUUUUAGCCAUGCCCUGUUUUGUGAUGGCAAUGAACAUGUUGUUAAUAUGACAAAAUUUUGGUUUAUGGUCGUUUUUGUUAUGCGCAAAAACUGGAUUCUCCUUUUCUACGAACUUCAGCACCGAUCAUAGUGGAAAAAGACAAGAGUUGGAAUACGAAAUAAUGGCGACACAAAAUGACUGCUGUGUCAAGGUUUGCUUAAGGGUCCGCCCACAGAUGGCGAAGGAGAAGAUCGAGGGGUGUCACAUCUGCACCCUGGUGCCCCCCGGAGAGCCCCAGGUGCUGCUGGGAAAGGACAAGGCCUUCACCUACGACUUUGUGUUCGACACAGACGCGCAGCAACAUCAGAUCUACUCCGCUUGUGUUCACAAGCUGAUCGAGGGCUGCUUCGAAGGAUACAACGCCACUGUGUUUGCCUACGGCCAGACCGGCUCAGGGAAAACCUACACCAUGGGCACGGGAUUUGAUGUGAGCGUGCUGGAGGAGGAGGAGGGCAUCGUUCCGCGGGCGGUGCGCCAGCUGUUCCAGGGCAUAGAGAGACGGCGGGCGGAGGCGCGGGAGCGUCCCCCUGAAUUUAAAGUCAGCGCUCAGUUUCUGGAGCUGUACAACGAGGAGAUCCUGGACCUGUUCGACGACUCUCGGGACCCGGACGCUCGCGAGAGGAAGUCCAGCAUCCGAAUCCACGAGGACUCCAGCGGAAGCAUCUACACCACGGGCGUGACCUCUCGCCUGGUCAGCUCCGAGGGGGAGUUACUGCAGUGUCUGAAGCGGGGGGCCCUCUCUCGCACCACCGCCAGCACCCAGAUGAACGCCCAGAGCUCGCGCUCUCACGCCAUCUUCACCAUACACAUCGGCCAGAUGAGGGUCAGCCACCAGGGGGAGCCGAUGAACGAGGAAUCGAUGUCACAGCCGGAGUACGAGACGCUGACAGCGAAGUUUCAUUUUGUGGACCUGGCGGGGUCGGAGCGGCUGAAACGCACCGGAGCGACAGGAGAGCGUGCUCGCGAGGGGAUAUCCAUCAACUGUGGCCUGCUCGCCCUGGGAAAUGUUAUCAGUGCCCUGGGAGACCAGAGUAAGAAAAGCAGCCAUGUGCCCUACAGAGACUCCAAACUGACCCGCCUACUGCAGGACUCACUGGGGGGAAACAGCCGCACGCUGAUGAUCGCCUGCGUCAGCCCCUCGGAUCGGGACUUCAUGGAGACGCUGAGCACGCUGAAGUACGCCAACCGAGCGCGCAACAUCAAGAACAAGGUGGUGGUGAACCAGGACAAGACCAGCCAGCAGAUCAGCGCCCUGCGCGCCGAGAUCGCCCAGCUGCAGCUGGAGCUCACCGAGUACAGAGCGGGGAAGCGUGUGACGGGAGAGGACGGGUCCGGCGGCUUCAGCGAUCUGUACCAGGAGAACUCGCUGCUGCAGCGAGAGAACGACGCGCUCCGUAUGCGCGUGAAGGCCCUGCAGCAGACCAUCGAUGCCCUCAACAGCCGCGUCGCCCAGAUUCUCUCCAACCAGGCCAGCGCAAUGCUGAUCCAAUCUGGUGAUGGAAAUGAAGAAAUGGUGACUCUCGUCCAAAACUAUAUCAUAGAGAUCGAAGAGAUGAGGUCCAAGCUGCUGGAGAGUGAGGCGAUGAACGAGUCUCUGCGUCGCAGUGUGUCCCGUCUCUCCGCCCGCCCCCUGCACCCCUCCUCUCCGGUCUCCGUCGUCGGCAUGGAAACUGAGACCGCGGACGUGGUACAGUGGGCCAAGCAGGACCUGGAGAGGAUGAGGAAGAAGGAGAGAAAGCAGCAGAGGAAAAGCCCGGAGAAGGAUAGGGUCUGAGAGAGGCGAGCUGCGAAUGAGGGCGAGUCGGACCACGAUGACGCUGAAGAAGAGGAGGAGGAGGAGGAAGAGGAGGAGGGCCAUGAAGACCAGGAGGAGAGUGGCCUGGAUGGGAAUGAGGAAGAGGAAGACCGAGGGGAGGGAGGCUCUUACAGCGAAGAGGACUUGGAGGAGUCGGCGUCUGAUUCUGAGGAGAAAGAGAACUUCCGGGCGGAUCUGGCGGACCUGACCUGCGAGAUCGAGGUCAAGCAGAAGCUGAUCGACGAGCUGGAAAGCUGCCAGCGGCGGCUGACCAUGCUGAAGCUGCAGUACGAGGAGAAGCUGAUCCUGCUCCAGAACAAGAUCCGCGACACGCAGCUGGAGAGGGACCGCGUGCUGAACAGCCUCAUGUCCAUGGAGAACUACACCGAGGAGAAGGCCAGUAAGAUCAAGGCGGAGUAUGAGAAGCGGCUGGGGGAGAUGAACAGGGACCUGCUGAAGCUGCAGUCCGCUCAGAAAGAACAUGGCCGCCUGCUGCAGAACCAGAGCCGCUACGAGCGGCAGCUGAAGAAGCUCCAGGCCGAGGUGUCCGAGAUGAAGAAGGCCAAGGUGACACUGAUGAAACAGAUGAAGGAGGAGCAGCAGAGGAGGCGUAUGAUUGAAGCCAAGAGGAACCGCGAGAUCGCUCAGCUCAAGAAAGAACAGCGCCGACAAGAGUUCCAGAUCCGGGCUCUGGAGUCUCAGAAGCGGCAGCAGGAGCUGGUGCUGCGGAGGAAGACCCAGGAGGUGACGGCCCUGCGCAGGCAGGCCAAGCCCAUGUCCGACCGCGUGGCCGGCCGCGUGGGGCGGCGGCCUCAGCCCCUGGAUUCGGGGGCGGAGCUGUCGGCCAGCACCACCUCCUCCGAGCCCGAGUCGGCCCGACCUGUCUCCGGCGUUGCGCAGCAGUGGAACGGCAAGCCCGGCGACUUCUCCGGCAGGAGCCCGAAUGGCGUCAGCGGCUCUCGGGUCGGCUGGAAGAAGUUCCCGAGGAACGGGGUGGGGGGCAGCUUCUCCAGGACGGCCAGGCGGAAGUGGCAGGCGCUGGAACGGCGGAUCGCGGAGAUCGUCUUUCAGAGGACCACCAUCGCCAAUGUGGAGGCCGACAUGGAGCGGCUCAUCAAGAAACGCGAGGAGCUUUCGGCCCAGAUGGUGGCGCUGUUGUGCAAGCGGGAGAGCCUGAUGGGCCGAGCGGUGGAGGAGGGACAGCGCCCUCUGCUGGCGCUGGAUGAGGAGAUGGAGGCGCUCCGCGCCAACGUGGACUACGUUAACGACAGCCUGUCCGAGUGCCAGGGGACCAUCGUGCAGAUCGAGGAGACCAAGGAGGAGCUUGACUCGGUGGACACCUCAGUGAUUAUCAGCUCCUGCUCACUGUCUGAGGCUCGUCACCUCCUGGACCACUUCCUCAAGGCCUCAAUUGAAAAGGGACUGCAGGUGGCUCAGAAGGAAGCUCAGAUCAGGCUGCUGGAAGGCCAGCUCAGGCAGUCGGACGUGAUUGGCCUAACACAUAACCAUGUGAUCCUGGACUCGCUGCAGGAGAAGGCAGCAUGUAUCCCAGAGCUGCAGACUCUCACCAUCAAUAUGCAACCAGAGAAUGGCUAUGCCAGCACGGAUGAGGAGGUGUCUGACUUCAGCCAGGUCAUAGAGGACAGUCUCUCUCAGUCCUUCCAAAUGAAGGUCUGCAGCCAGGAGGACCUGAAGUUAAAGCCCCAGCUGUCCGCGCAGAUCCGGGCCGUGUCGGCGGAGUCUCUGGGCCCCAGGAUCCGAGACUCCACCCGGCACAUCACCAAGUCGUUGGCCUCUCUGACGGAGGCGCAGGAGAACGGGCGGUGCCACGCCCUGAGGGAGCCCUGCCGCAGGGAGUCGAUCUCCCGCACCAUCAGCCUGCCUGUCCACGGGAACACCUUUCCCAGGCAGUCCCGGGCUGCAGGCUCCUCCCCUAUGAUUCGCAGGAAGUCACAUGAUCAAGGAUACCCUCCCAGAUCACCUGAGAUGAGCCUGACCCCUCCGACCUCCCCCCCCCUCCGACCGCGUUCCGACCGCAAUGUUUUCUCCCGGCUGACCAGCAACCAGAGCCAGGGCUCCGCGCUGGACAAGUCCGAUGACAGCGACUCCUCUCUGUCGGAGCUGCCCAGGGGGGUGAUCAGCUCAUUUGGGGGAGUGAAAGGAGCCAGGACAGCCCCCCUGCAGUGUGUUUCAGUGGCUGCAGGACACUCCAAACCUGUACUGUGCUUGGAUGCCACAGAUGAGCUGCUGUUCACUGGAUCCAAAGAUCGUACCUGUAAGAUGUGGAACCUGGUGACGGGGCAGGAGGUUGUCACGCUGAAGGGCCACCCCAACAACGUGGUGUCUGUGAAGUACUGCCGCACUUCCUGUCUGGUCUUCACCGUCUCCUCCUCCUUCAUCAAAGUUUGGGACAUCCGCGACACCGCCAAGUGUGUGCGCACCCUCACUUCCUCCGGUCAGGUGAUAUCUGGCGAUGCCUGCGCCGGCACGGCCUCCCGCAGCGUCACCGCCACGCAGGGCGAGCUCCAGAUCAACCAGAUCGCCCUCAAUCCAGCCGGCUCUGCCAUGUACGCUGCGGCAGGAAACACUGUGAGGACCUGGGACCUCUGCAGGAUGCAGGCCAUCGGGAAGCUUACUGGGCACAUUGGACCGGUGAUGUGCCUGACAGUGGGCCGCUCCACGGACAGAAGAGACCAGGUUAUCACUGGGUCUAAGGACCACUACAUCAAGGUCUUUGAUGCGGCAGAAGGCAUGCUGGGAAAUGUAGUCCCCGCUCAUAACUUUGAGCCUCCACACUACGACGGAAUCGAGUGCCUGGCUAUCCAGGGGGAUGUGCUCUUCAGUGGCUCCCGGGACAAUGGGAUUAAGAAAUGGGAUCUGGAGCAACAGGAACUGAUCCAGCAAAUCCCCAACGCGCACAAGGACUGGGUGUGUGCCCUGGCCCACGUGCCGAACCGUCCCAUGCUGCUCAGCGGCUGCCGGGGGGGCACGCUGAAGGUCUGGAACGUGGACAACUUCACCCCUAUUGGAGAGGUCAAAGGUCACGACAGCCCAAUCAAUGCCAUCUGCACCAACUCCAGACAGAUCUUCACUGCCUCAAGUGACAUGUCUGUGAAGAUCUGGCUAGCCAAAGUGGGGAGGAAAAGGUGAUGCUCUGGCUGAACAGCAUCGUCCCAGCGACCCCCAGGGGGCGCUCUUCGCUACAGGAGAGCCUUUGGAACUGGCUCCAGAUGAGAGAUGGCCUGAUUUAAUUCCCAUGGGGAGCAGGGAGGCCUGCAUGUGCUGGGGAGAGCCUGCACGGAUUCGAUGGGCUUUCCAGAUACUCUCCAGUCCUAACGGGAGGAGGUUCUUCUUGGAAACGAGAGCUUGCAGCAUAGGACUGUUAUAUCACAAGAUAUAAAACUGCUAUAUUAAAGUACACAGCAUCCCUUUCCACUGUACUGCACUUAGCCAAGCCCCUUCAGGAAUACUCCUAAGAUUAACAAUAUUUCUACAUCAAUGGCAGAGAGACAGAAUUUACAAUGUUAACAGUACUGAGAUUAGUAUCUUGUCCAACUGUAUAAUCUUUCACUGAAACCUUUUCUCCAGCCAUUUGUUUUUCUAUGAACAGUUGUUUUUUUAUCGCUGCCUAUGCUAUGACUCACCAAGGUUGUGGCAACCUGUGGCAAGCAAUUGUCUCCAAAGACAAUGCGAGUGAGAGAGUGCAGAUGUAGGAUGUCUUUGCUCCCCGUUGCCUUCAAACGAUUUUAAAGCAUCUCUCGGUGUGACUCUGCUCAGACCUGAAAAUCCACCCACUCGUUCUGUGUUUGUGCUUGUGGCAGUGUCACAGGUGGUGUUUUUCCUCCUUUAAGACAUCUCUGGACUAGACGGCGCAAUUGAUCCCAACUCCCUCACCUUUUAACCGCCUUUGGGGAUUUGAGGGUCAUUUGUAGGUUCCACAGGUUGGGAUUAACUUCAGGGAACAAGCGGUGUGGCAACCAGUAACUGCUAUAACUAUCUAUUCACUAUCUAAGUGCUAUUAACGGUCUCUCUGCCGAUAUAUAAAUUAUAACUGUGAGAGCAGGCAGGGUUUCUCCGAUGUGGUGUGUGAUACCUGCUGUCCAGGUGUACUCCUGGCAUGCCAAUGCUGGAAUGCACAUAAUGCACUUUAAAUGCUCUUCGUGUCACACGCAGACCUGCUGUAGAGCUCACGCUCCUCAUGUAAUUACCCGCCUCUCUCUGGGAGGACUGACUGUGGACUCUUUCCGUAAGUCCGCAGUCAGCAUCCAAAUCCACCCUCUUCCUGCCAGUUUUAUGUUCGCUACCUCAGCUGAGAACAGGUCGUUGAAACUAACGCUCUUUGGGAUUGGAUGGGGGUGUCAGUCAUCAUGCUCCAGCGGGGGCAGAGAUCAGAGCCAGUUUCCUGUGUUAGUGACUCCAUUACCCCUCCCCCACAUCCCUAGUAUGCUUAGUGACAGGACUCCCCAACCCCCCCACAUCCCCAGUUUGCUUAGUGACAGGACUCCCUCUCCCCCCACAUCCCCAGUUUGCUUGGUGACAGGACUCCCUCCCCCCACAUCCCCAGUUUGCUAAGUGACAGGACUCCCCCGCCCCCCACAUCCCCAGUUUGCUAGUGACAGGACUCCUCUCCCCCACAUCCCCAGUUUGCUAAGUGACAGGACUCCCUCUCCCCCACAUCCCCAGUUUGCUUGGUGACAGGACUCCCUCCCCCCACAUCCCCAGUUUGCUUAGUGACAGGACUCCCUCUCCCCCACAUCCCCAGUUUGCUAAGUGACAGGACUCCCUCUCCCCCCACAUCCCCAGUUUGCUUAGUGACAGGACUCCCUCUCCCCUCACAUCCCCAGUUUGCUAAGUGACAGGACUCCCUCUCCCCCACAUCCCCAGUUUGCUUAGUGACAGGACUCCCUCUCCCCCACAUCCCCAGUUUGCUAAGUGACAGGACUCCCUCUCCCCCCACAUCCCCAGUUUGCUUAGUGACAGGACUCCCUCUCCCCCCACAUCCCCAGUUUGCUAAGUGACAGGACUCCUUGCUGAUGCAUCUGAGUCCUCUCCUUCCUUUGGCAGCCAGUGAAAUGUGCUGGGUGUGUUGCACAUUAGUGGCGGUGGCUGGACACAGUGCUGGGUAACAGCUAGUCUGUGUCUGGGGAAAAGUGGGGUCCAGUAGUAGGUUGUUAUGGCUCAUUGCUGCCUGGUGAUUAAGGACUGGUGAAUAUAUAUAUUUGCAGUGGCGAUGGUGGUUGGAAUUGGCUCAGGUGGGCGUUGGAUGCUAAGCUCCUUGUUAACUGAAGCAGAGCUCUGUCAGAACACAGAUUGGAGUGAAGAUAACCCAGCCCACCAUACCCGGGCCUGCCUGGGCUUCCCAUGGCAUCGUGGGACAGCACAUCCGUGGAUUUAUGGCUGCCUGCUCACCUGGCUAAUGUGAGCAGCUUCCUCUCAGUGCCCAGAUUUACAGCCCUUUAUGGCAUGAGAGGGAGGCUGCACUGCUGCAGGAAAACCCAAUCUAACUUCCACAUAAAGACUGGGUCUGAAUGCAGUAAAGCAUGCUGGGAUAGGCCGGCUGGUCUCUGACCAGUUUUGCCUUUCGCUAAUGAUAGAUGAGGUUAGGAUACGGGAAAUCUGUCCUAGAUCAGCAGUCCUACUCUUACAGAUGCUUUUAUUUUAUUUCAUUUAAAAAUAUGUUUUAAACACAUAUUCAUCUCUACAUCUGGCUCUAUGUGCUUUCAGAGUUUCCUAACUCAAGGACUAGUAAAGUUCUAUGAAACACUAUGCUCAUGGUAGAUGGAAAGUAUGAGUAUGAGUUUGGUCUUGCUGAGAAUUGCAUUUUUCUGGACGUAAGAGAUUUAUUAUAUUUAUUAUUAUUAUAGUCAAACAUAAAACUGGUGCCAUGGAAAAACCUUAUCACUAAAUAUAUCAAAAAAAUGCUUCUGUUCCAUUGACCAACAUAGCAGUAUACUUCAGUCAUGUGGUGUUUAAAACCAACUUUAUUAGUUAUUGAGUUAUGAAACACUGAGGGCACAUAGAGCUCGAUAAGGUCUUUCCAUAUGUGUUAUUUUAAAAAUGACAAAAAGGGAUAUGGAAGGCUGUUUAAUGAUAUUGACUGUAUUCUGUAUUUGUACUAUAUGUCUUCUGCUGGGUGGGCCUGCUGUGAGAUGUGUGAAUGACUGUGUGCCCUUCCCAUAAUAUUUCUGUCUUAAAUCGGGAGGCUUGGCAUGACUAACGAACAGGUGAGAUGUGUGCAUCUCAUUGAAAUGUACAGCACAGAAAGCAGCUCCUGCAUGCUGUACUCUUCUGAAAUUUACAACACAGAAAGCAGCUCCUGCAUGCUGUACUCUUCUUAAAUGACUCUCUUGGCCCUUUCCUUAGAGCAUAUGGUUAAUGAGGCGAUGUCUCUGUGAUCGAACACUCCGGCACAUUUUAAUUCCAGUUUAUACCUGGACUCUUUUCCUUUCACCUUGGAGUUGUCAGAGGCAUCUCUGGGCUUUUACAGUUCCGAGGAACGGGAGGGUAUUGUAAACAUGGGUUGAGGAGUUAUUGCAACCAGGAGAGGCCACAUUAAUCACAGCUCUAUUGAUAUGUCAGGUGUAACUGGUGGAUUUUAUAUUGUGCUAGUUCCUUUGAGUGAAAUUGCAAGACUUAUGAAAUCUGUCAGUUCCUUUUGUGCUUGCUGAUAUCCGAGAUUAUGUUACUAGGAGUGCACACAAACACACACACACACACACACACACACACACACAAACACACAAACACACACACACACCAGACCUGGGUCAAAUGCCUUAUGUGACAUACUAGAACCUUGGUCAAGCUUCUGUUGAUCACUGACCCUUUUAAAACAUCUAUUUUUACCAAUACUGAGAAACAAAAUUCUUCUUUCGUGAUUUGUUUUUGAUCUGUGUUGUGUUUUGUUCAAAAUAUUUGGGGAUCCUUAGGAGUGUUUUCAGAUUUUACCAAUACCAAGUAUUUAAAAUGUAGGGGGCACAAACAUGCUUGGGGUGGGGGGGUGCCAUGGAACCCACUCUUGACAGCUUCGCUCAAACAACUCAUUUAUCUCGAAGGUGGCACUGUGGAUAGAGGCAGUUUGAUCCAUGCUAACAGACAAGUCUCAUAACAGGGGGUUUGGAUUGAGCUUUCUGUAACCCCAGUGACUGUUAUCAUGGCCUUGCCAAUAAAUCUUAUCUUUAGAUGCUUUAGAAAGGCAGUCUUUGGCUACAUUUAAGCCCUCUAUUUGCCUGCUCGGUGUGUUCUUUUCCAGUUACUCAGAGCUGUUGGGAAGGUUGGCCAUAGUUUUAACUCCUCUCAGUAUUAGCUAGUGGCAUAAUGGUAACUGUAUAUAUAGGGAACAUUUCUGACUGUGUCAAGUAUAUGUGUAUAUAUAGCCAUGUGUGGGCAUGUGUAUACAUGCAUUGAGUUUCUACCAGACCUGGGUCACAGAAGUAUUUGAAAUUAUUUAACACUUUAGAUGCCAGUAAAACUUGAAAAUGCUCCUGCAAAUCCCUUCAAAUUUCUAGGUUCAAUAAAACAUGAAAGUAAUAUUGUACUGAAUAUUACUGCAAAUAGAUGUUUCUUUUUUAAUUGUCAGUAAUCUGCAGUUACCUUCCUGGUAUCUGAAGUGUUAACAUAUUUGAAGUAAUGCUUUUUCCAGGCCUGGCCUCUCCUUUGGUCAGACAGGAGGGUGUGUGGGGCUGUGUGUGAAGGGGAGACAAUACUCAGGGAAUAAACAGUCAGUGGUUGACUGACGGUACUAUAAUCUGUCUCCCCUCUCCUACAGGGCCCCAGUAAUGAUAUUAUAAUCAUUGUUAUUUUAUGAUGCAUUGCUUGUGCUAAGUCUCUGUAAGCACAGUGGGAUAAGAGGCUGUGUAACUGUGUCUGAAAAGCAGCCCCUCCUCUCACCUUAGCAAAGCUCUCUCUCUCCGAGGCUCAUCCUUGUCUUUGUGUUGGUGACCCCUGACCUCUUGGGAGCACUCCUGUGCCUUACCUGGCCUCUCCUGGGCAUGAGUGGGAACAGGAGAGGCCUGGUUUUCUGCAUGGAGGGAUGAGGUAAUACCUUUUCUCCACAUCCUGAGAAUGUGCGCACUGUGAACACUGAUCUGCAGAGAGAAAAGGGGAAGUAAUGAAAAAUCUGGCGCAGGAACUUCUGGGCUUCCAAAAUGUGCAACCGUCCACUGGUUAUGAAAGCUUUUACUUGAGGUCUGAGGAUAAAUAUUCUCGAGAAUCGACUGCUUCAUAAUCGUUUUACUAAAUUAAAAAAAAAGACUAUUUAAAGUUGCAUUUUAUGUGUACGUUCAGGUAUAUUCUUAACAAUGGGUUUAGUUUUGAAAUGGGCACAAACCCUUUAAAAAAAAAAAAAAAAACUUUCUUGAAAACAAAGCUUCUCACUUCAUACUGUAUGAUGUAAGUCUUAUGUUAGCAUGCACUUUAGUGACACAUCUGUAAAAAAUGCAGCCCUCGAAUUUCGUUGCCCAAACUGACCAGAUUUUAAGGUAUUACAGCUUUGCAGAGGAUUUACUUUCAAAAAUAUCAUUAUUUUCUUUACCUCAAAGAAACAUUUUUUCAUCAGACAAUUCCUUGGUGAUGCUCAGCAGAAGUGUCAUCCAACUAAGGAACUGGAAGUCCCUCUAGAUGUGUGUACAGAACUGUACUGGACUUUAUGACUUUUGCUGCCUAAGUGCCUUUCUGGAGCAUCUCAGGUGCGCUGGCCACACACUGGCGUCUCUUCUUCACAGAAGAGCUGAGCAGAACAGCCGUAGUGCUGUGCACUGGGGGGCCCCACUGCUGGGUUCCGCUGGUGGGCCCCACUGCUGUAGCCCCACUGCUGCAGCCCUACUGGUGGCCCCACUACUACAGCCCCACUGCCGGCCCUCGCUGCUGCAGCCCCACUGGUGGGCAGCACUGCUGCAGCCCCAAUGGUGGGCCCCACUGCUGCAGCCCCGCUGCUGUGGCCCCACUGGUGGGCCCCACUGCCGGCCCUCGCUGCUGCAGCCCCACUGGUGGGAAGCACUGCUGCAGCCCCACUGCUGGCCUUCACUGGUAAGCCCCACUGGUGGGCCCCACUGCUGCAGCCCCACUGGUGGGCCCCACUGCUACAGCCCCACUGGUGAGCCCCACUGCUGGAGUUCACUGGGUCAGAUGUGCCUUUUCACACACAGGUGUAUUUCAGUAGUAGAGUGUAAAUAUCAGUUAUUUUUUUAAAUGUACAUGUGACCAAACCUGUGUAAAAUACUUCAUUGUAAAAAGCUGCUUUAUUUAAGGAGGGAUUCACUGUCUCCUGCAAAUUAAAAUCAUAAAUCAAAAAGAA